CAGUUUCAAAUCACUCGGUCUAAUCAAAAGACUCUUAUACUAAGCAUUCUAAUCUUCUUAUAAUCCUUGUUUUUCCUGAUAGACUACUUCGUUUCUCUGCUUCUGUGUUAUAUCUGUCCUGGUCUUCCCUUACAUUCAGCAUCUACAGACCUUUCCAUAUUGCACCGGCAGCACCAUGCAUACCGCUGCUCUCUUCCUUGCUCUCUCCCUCUCUGCCCAUGCGGUGCCUGUUUUCAACGCUCGUGGGAACGACACCGUCGAGCGUAGAGAAGAAGGUCCCUACAGAGUCGUGAAUGUUGCGGGUCCUACUACUCCCGUUGUUGAGACCAUCACUGCGACUAACCCUCCGGCGCCACCUACCACUAUUACCGUCACUGAGUACCCCUCGUCCACACCAGCUUCCGUGCCUGGCGCUUCUCCCUCACCUUGGAAUGCCGGGCCUAACGUGGGUGGUGCUCCGCUGGGUCGCCGCGACACCAAUAGCAGCGCAAGCGCACUGAGCCGUCGUGCGAUGUUUGAGGAGGAUGCCCCAACCAACAGUACCGUGAGCCGACGUGCGAUGUUUGAGGAUGCUCCUACCAACAGCACUGCCAGCCGACGUGGAAUCCUCGACGAUGCUAGUAACAGCACUCUGAGCCGACGUGCGAUGUUUGAGGAUACCCCUACCAACAGCACUGCCAGCCGACGUGGAAUCCUCGACGAUGCUAGUAACAGCACCCUGAGCCGACGUGCGAUGUUUGAGGAUGCUCCUACCAACAGCACCCUGAGCCGACGUGCGAUAUUUGAGGAUGCUCCUACCAACAGCACUGAAAAGCAUGCAAUGGCCGCUCGCAGUAACACCACUUCCGAAGUCUUGGCUCGUAGCUUGAACGAGACAGCUGUGCAGACUCGGGAGCUCAAGGAUGCCCUUGUUUCCGAGCAUCACAAUGCCAGCGAUGUUAGUGGCAAGUUCGGAGUUAUGGCCAGGGACACUCAGAAAUCCGAGAACGCCACUGAUAUUGGCAGCAAGGUCGCAAUCCGCGCCCGGAAUGAUACAGUUUUGCAGGCACGGGCAUUCAAUGACACCCCCUCUGACACCGCCGUCAUGUCUUCCAGGCCUCACGCCAGGGGCCUGAACCACACAGACUCUCAGGCGUAGAGUCAUCAUCUCCAGGGGUCAAUGUGUUGCUUACCCAGACCCAGGUGCCUGCCAUAUCGUUCUGGAGGUUGAAAAAUUGGGUUGCCAACGACUGGUAUGAAACACGUUUCAUGAAUUUGAUGGAUAAUGAGCAUGUGGUUCUUUCACGAUUUCGGUUUUUGCAUUGUCACGACGAGUCAUGACUGCUCAUGGUGGAGGUGUGGGGAUAUGGUCAUGAUAGCAUGCAUCUAUAGGGGCGUUUUGAUUUUUCUUUUUUAUCCCUUCCUUUCAUUGCUUUUUUUUCUUCUUUUUUUUCUUCUUAUAGUUCUCUGGCGGUUUCAUGCUCUCUUGUGGGAAAGGCUUUUGUUGAUUUAGAUAAGAGGUAGCGAUUGCUUUCGUUGCGAUUUCGGGUUCAUACUAGGUCUAGAUUGUCGUUGGGUUAUUUCAGGUAUAGGAUAGAUUGCUAUAAAAAUAGGAAUGGCU